AAAAAAAAAAAAAAAAAAAAGAACAAAUUAUUACACAAUGACUACAGAUUAUGUUGAAUUGAACAGAACUGGUGAUAAGAUGCCUCUUCGUGGCUUUGGCUGUUGGAAGAUUGACAAGAAGGAUGCUGAAGAUACAAUCUAUAAAGCUAUCAAAGUAGGAUAUAGACUUUUUGAUGGUGCAUGUGAUUAUGGUAAUGAAGCUGAAUGUGGUCGAGGCAUCAAUAAGGCCAUCAAAGAAGGUUUAGUCAAGAGAGAAGAUCUUUUUGUUGUUACCAAACUAUGGAAUACAUUUCAUGGUAAAGAACAUGUUAAAUCUGCUUGUCAAAGACAAUUAAAGGAUUGGGGACUUGAUUAUUUUGAUCUUUAUCUUAUUCACUUCCCUGUACCUUUAAAAUAUGUUGACCCCUCUGUCAAGUACCCACCUGAAUGGUAUGUUCCUGGCACUAAUAAUACCCUUUCUUAUGAAUGCUCCCCCAUGCAUGAAUGUUGGGCUGAGAUGGAAAAAUUAGUCGUAGAUACUAAAUUAGUACGUAAUAUUGGUAUUGCUAACUUUAACUGUCAAGCCAUUUUAGAUUUACUUUGUUACGCAAAGAUAAAGCCUGCGGUUUUACAAAUCGAACUUCAUCCUUAUUUACCUCAAGAAAACCUUGUUAAAUGGGUCAAGGAACAAGGUAUUCAUAUUACUGCUUAUUCUUCUUUUGGUCCUACAUCGUAUGUUAAUUUAACUGAAAGUGGUAAAUCUCAUCCAUCUUUAUUGGAGCAUGAAAAAGUCAAACAAAUUGCAGAUAAACACAGCAUUAGUACAGGACAAGUGUUGCUUCGUUGGGCUUUAGAUCGUGAAAUCUGUGUUAUUCCAAAGAGUGUACAUGAAGAAAGAAUGAAAGGCAACUUUGAAAUUUUAAAUAUCAAAUUAGAUAAAGAAGAUAAUCAGCUUUUGGAUUCUCUCAAGUCUAAUCAAAGAUUUAAUGAUCCAAUGGUCUAUGGUUUUAAUUUACCUCUCUUUGAAUAAAAUAAAAUAAAAUAAAAUAAAUAAAAUAUGAUACAAUCUAAACAACUUAUGGUAGUAGUAGAAGAAGAAGAAGUGAUAGAAUAGUAGGGAAAAAAAAAAAAAGAUCAUACAUAGAUUACAAA